AUGGCCUCGUCGCUCGUGCCAGCUUCGCGACUACUCGCACGACCAACAGUAGCCGCUGCGCUGCUGCGACAAGCUCAGCCAUGGCAACAAUCUCAGAUCCUCCGCGCCACUUCACAGUUUCAUACUUCUGCACAGCGAAAUGCCCUACCAGCUGGCCCGCCACCAGCAAAUUACAGACUGCCGAAGCCAAAACGCUUUGACGAGGGCGAGAGUUCGUUGAACAAGGCCAGCAAAUAUUUCCUGCUCAUGGAGAUGUUCCGAGGCAUGUAUGUUGUGCUGGAACAGUUCUUCAGACCACCAUACACAAUUUACUAUCCUUUCGAGAAGGGCCCAAUAUCACCAAGAUUCCGUGGCGAACAUGCUUUGCGAAGAUAUCCUUCUGGCGAAGAACGAUGCAUCGCUUGCAAGCUUUGCGAAGCUGUCUGUCCAGCAUCAGCCAUCACUAUUGAAGCAGAAGAACGAGAAGACGGCGCAAGAAGAACAACCAGAUACGAUAUUGAUAUGACAAAGUGCAUUUACUGUGGUCUAUGCCAGGAGAGCUGUCCGGUAGAUGCCAUUGUUGAAACUCCAAAUGGUGAAUAUGCUACCGAAACAAGAGAAGAGCUUCUGUACAACAAGGAGAAGCUGCUGGCAAACGGUGACAAGUGGGAACCAGAAAUCGCCGCCUGCUCUAGAGCCGAUGCUCCUUAUAGGUAA